AUGGUUCGCGGUAUCUCCUGCGUCUUUCUCCUGGCUCUGAACAUUCUAUCUGUGGGAGGCUCGAAGCACUCAGCAUGGAAUGGCCAUACUACGCCCGGAUCGACGACACCCAGCGAUUUCACACCUUACUAUGUUGCACCUGGGACCAAAAGCUAUGAUUCAUCUUCACCAUUCGUUCACUACUCAGGCAAUUGGAAAGAGUCAUUUUCGCCCGCCUAUGUCCAUAAUACUGUUCGCUCGACCUCGCAUCCCAAGGCAGCUGUCACCUUCACCUUCACUGGUACUGGCGUUGAAUGGUUCGGUAACAUGGACGAUAGUCACGGUAUCGCGGACGUCUACAUCGAUGGGGAAAAGGUCCAGACUGUCGACAACUACAGUGAAGCGCCUAUGAAACAGCAGCGACUGUUCUGGAAGUACGACUUGCCUUUCGGAAGGCAUCACCUCAAGGUUGUCAACACUGGUAAACGACGCGGAUCCCAGAAGAAGGGUAUUCUUGAUGUUGACGCCUUUGUGGUUACGUAUGGUACUAAGGCGAUCCGGGGACACUCGGCUUCGUCCAUACACUCUCUGCCCACGUCGGAUUCGCGGAAGGCGGCGGACCUUGCCGAGGCCACUACCGCCGAUGCAUGGUCACUUGAACAAAAAGGCUCUACUGGCGUACAUGCUAUGCAACUGUCUAUCAUUUCUCCAACUCAUGCGAUCAUUGUGGACAAGGUCGAGCAUAACCCACUGACUGUAUCUGGACAUCCAGCUUGGGCCGCUCUCUACAACCUCAACACUCAUGCCAUCAAGCCCUUGAACGUGCAAUCCAACUCUUUCUGCGCUGGCGGUACUUUCUUAAGCAACGGAACCUUGAUCAACGUGGGCGGCAAUCCUGUAGUCGAAGAUCACACUUCAGCGGCGGACUUCGGGGACGCUGACGGGCUUCAGGCUAUCCGCAUUUUCGAACCCUGCGAGUCCAGUACUGGCGAUGCAUGCGAGAUCUAUGAGGACCAUGCCCGAAUUCGUAUGGCUAGCCCCCGGUGGUACAACACUGUCAUCCGCCUGCAAGACGGCAGCGCUAUGAUUAUCGGCGGCGCCAAGAAAGGUGGAUGGAUUAACAACGCUACCGUGAACAAUCCUACUGUCGAAUAUUGGCCUCCGAAAUCCAUCCACGGUUCUAACGGGAUGCCUGUUCAUAUGCAGUUUCUCGUGGAUACUCUAAACUCGAAUCUGUUUCCCAUAGCAUUUCUCCUUCCUGAUGGUAAAGUCUUUAUGGCGGCUAAUCAAGACGCGAUGAUCUAUGACUGGCAGAACAACCAGGAGCGCAGGCUGCCUCAGAUUCCCAACGGAGUACGCGUGACUUAUCCUAUGGCUGGUACUGGGCUACUCCUUCCUCUAUCGCCUGACAAUGGCUACACGCCUGAGGUCUUACUUUGUGGGGGGUCCACCGUCGACGACAGAAAGCCCGGCUAUGAGAUCUCAUCUCAGGAUCCGGCGUCGGCCCAAUGCGUUCGGAUGGUCCUCACGGACGCAGGCAUCUCGGCAGGCUGGCAAGUAGAGCAGAUGCCUCAAGCGCGAACCAUGCCUGACGCUGUUCUGUUGCCCACUGGAGACGUUCUAAUAGUCAACGGUGCUGGUACUGGUAUCUCUGGCUAUGGCAAUGUCGUGCAUCAAGUAGGGGCUUCCAACGCUGACAAUCCUGCCUUCACUCCCGUCUUGUACAGGCCUGGGGCUUCUAACGGGCAGCGGUUCUCCUCGGCAGGUUUACCGACCAGUGACAUUCCUAGGCUAUACCAUUCAGUGGCUACGUUGACUCCGAAUGGAGACAUCAUGAUUGCCGGGAGUAAUCCGAACCUCGACAGGAGCGAAGUCGAGUACGGUACGGAAUACAGGGUGGAAUGGCUCAAGCCUCCGUAUAUGCUCGUUGGACGACCCGAAUGGGUCAGUGCAGCUCCCCGCUUACUAGGUUACGGGCAGUCCCUACAUAUGGAGGUGAAGUUGCAGCAAAACGCUGCGCACAGCCCAGACAUUCGAGUUGCCCUGAUGGACCUGGGAUACAUCACGCACGCCGUACACGCGAACUCCAGACUAGUUUACUUGGCUGCCUCGUUGUCAGUCGACGAUAGGAAGACCUUGACCAUUACGGCGCCCCCGAAUGCGAACGUGUACCCGCCCGGACCUGGAUGGCUGUAUCUCGUUGUCGAUGGUAUCCCCACUACUGGUUUGCGCGUCCUGGUAGGUGACGGCAAGGGUCCCGCGGUUGACGAGAAGGCCAUGGAAAGCAUGUUGAGUAAGACAAUUGUGGAUCAGUACGACAAAGGCAAGGAAGAGAAAGGGGACGGCGCCGAAUAG